AUGGGCAACGAGAAGGACCAGAGUGCGGAGAGACGCCACCACAAUGUUCACAAUACCUGGGACGAUGAGGCGCUGUCGCCCAAUGAAUAUGCUCGUCACGAUCAACCUUCUUCUCCGUUCACUCACAGCGACAGUGCCCCUCCUUACGCAACACACCAGGACUAUCACUACUCCAUCAACUACCCAGCAACUGCCAAGAACCGCUUCCCGGCUGCUUCCCAAGGCAAUGUUGGAAGCGAUGCCCGUGUCGAGAUCGACUUCAACUCGAAAUGGGUGCAUAGUCUCUCGGUUCUUUCUGAAAAGACAAUCAACAGAGGAGAGAAAGAACGGCGAGAAAGCGUUAAUGUGCCGAAUGAAAAGACCAACUUGCAGUCCUCCUCAGCCUGGGCGACCAAGCUCAACAUCGUUAUCCACGUAGUCGGCAGCCGCGGUGACGUGCAGCCUUUCGUCGCCUUGGGCACGGAACUGCAGCGCUACGGCCACCGCGUGCGCCUCGCGACCCACGACGUCUUUGAGGACUUUGUGCGGAAAGCUGGCAUCGAGUUUUACCCCAUCGGUGGUGACCCUGCCGAGCUCAUGGCCUACAUGGUCAAAAACCCCGGUCUCCUCCCGAGUAUGGAGAGCCUCGCCGCAGGGGAGAUCCAGAAAAAGCGAUACAUGGUGGAGGAGAUGCUGGGAAAGUCUUGGGAGUCCUGCAUCAAACCUGACCGGUUGACGGGCGACCCGUUUGUCGCCGAUGCCAUCAUUGCCAACCCGCCUAGCUUUGCGCAUGUGCACUGCGCGCAGGCCCUCGGGAUCCCGGUGCACAUCAUGUUCACCAUGCCUUGGAGCAGUACCACGGCCUUUCCCCAUCCGCUGGUCAAUCUGAAGAACGUGGACGUCAAACCCGGCGUCGCCAACUACGUUUCCUAUUCUGUGGUCGAGUGGAUGACCUGGCAAGGCCUCGGGGACGUCAUCAACAAGUGGCGGAAAAGCAUAGACCUGGAAGAGGUCGCCAUGUUCGACGGUCCUCUACUGACUGAACGCCUCAAAAUCCCCUACACAUACUGCUGGUCACCCGCCCUCGUACCAAAGCCAGUCGACUGGCCUUCCCACAUUGAUGUAUGCGGAUUCUUUUUCCGAGACGCACCUGCCUAUACACCACCGGAUGACCUUGCGCGCUUCCUCCAUGCUGGCCCACCACCGGUGUACAUUGGAUUCGGCAGCAUUGUCCUUGAUGACCCCGACAAGGUUACAAGAAUAAUCUUAGAGGCUGUCGAAUCGACAGGCGCUCGUGCUAUCAUCUCCAAGGGAUGGGCUGAUCUGGCAGGCUCCGAAAACGAGAACAUAUACUGGAUAGGAGACUGUCCGCAUGAGUGGCUCUUUCAGCACGUAGCUGCUGUGGUCCACCAUGGUGGUGCCGGCACCACAGCCUGCGGAUUGAAGAAUGGCAAGCCCACUACUAUUGUGCCUUUCUUUGGAGACCAACCGUUCUGGGGGCAGAUGGUUGCGAAAGCAGGCGCAGGCCCGCUGCCCAUCCACCACAAGUCCUUGACGGCCAGGAAUCUCGCAGAAGCAAUCCGGUUCUGUCUCUCGAACGAAGCAGCGGCUGCCGCGGCCUCUAUCGCCACGCAAAUGCAAGCAGAAGUUGGCGUGCAAGCGGCUGCUCGGUCGUUCCACCAGCAGCUACCCCUCGAAAAGAUCCGAUGCGACCUAAUACCGACCGAGCCAGCCGUCUGGUCGUACACGAAGACCAAGCGACCUCUGAAGCUUUCCAAGUUGGCGGCGGAAAUGAUGCUCUCCGACUCUUCGAUCAACGUCAAGCAUCUCAAACCAUACGAGUCCAACACCCUGCACCUCGACGUGACAAGAUGGGAUCCAAUCAGCGGCGGCGCCUCGGCCGUCAUGGGCACCGCCGUCGACAUGACCGGGUCCAUCACGGGCAUGGUCACCAAGCCCGUGGACGAAUACAAGGCGCACCAGCACCGCAAGGAACAGGAGCGCAGGAGACUCGCAGCCGCCGCAAGCGACACGGCCAGCGUCAAGUCGGCAGCAACGGACCGCGGCGGCGCGUCGGCGGCAAAGUCCCCCUCCCUCGCGGGCAAGAUGGUCGGCGCCUCGGCGAAGAGCAUCGGCGGCAUCGCGCCCACGGCGCUGAAGGGCAUGGUGGUCGACAUCCCGCUCGCCCUGACGGAGGGACUGAGGGCCGUGCCGGGCCACUACGGCGACAGGCCGCGCGACAACGGCCAGGUCACGGGCUUCGUCUCCGGGGCGGCGGUCGCGGGCAAGACGUUUGCGUGGGGCUUCGCGGACGGGCUCAGCGACCUCGUCGUGCAGCCGUACAAGGGCGCGAGAGACGAGGGUGCCCUGGGUGCCGUCAAGGGCGUGGGCAAGGGCAUCGUGGGACUGACGACCAAGAGCGGCGCCGGCAUGUUUGGGCUGUUUGCGUACCCGAGCGCCGGCAUUGCCAAGAGUAUUCGAUCGGCCACGCGCGGGGGCACGAAGAGGGCGAUUGCGAAGGCGAGGCAAGAGGAGGGGAAAUGGCUGCUGCAGACGAGGGGGGAGCAGGGCCUGGCCGCCGAGGUCGCGGCGGCGUUCAGGCGGUGGUGA